AGGCCCCCCAACGAAACACUUUCUCCCCCAGCCCGAAGAUAGAACGAUCAUCUCCUGUAGUCAAUUGUUAUUCAAGCUUUCUCUGCCUGAUUGAGAAUUAUUGUUAAAAAUAGACCCUGCAAAGGCCCCAUAAAUUGGCGAUGUGACGUACCUAAUAAAACGUUUGGAAUGAAGAACAGAAAGCAUGUGGACUUCACUCACAAGAACAUCACAUACAAAAUUGGGGACUGCAUUUUGGUGCGCGGCGCGGGAGCGAAGCUCCCCUUUGUGGGACAAAUAAGGGAUGUUAAAAUUCAAGGGAAGAGCAAUCAGAUCAGACUGCAGGUGGCCUGGUUCUACAGACCCGAGGAUGCCGCUGGGGGCCGAAAGCUGUUCCACGGAGAGAAGGAACUCUUGAAGUCAGAGCACUUGGACUGGUGCUCCGCCAGUACAAUAGAGGGAAAAUGCAGGGUCCACUCUUUGCAGAGCUACCAGGCGCUGCCCCGGGUGACAGAAGCUGAUUUCUAUGCAAGAUUCACGUACAAGCCUGAAUCUGAGGAGUUCAGCCCAGACCGUGUGCCUGUGUACUGUCUCUGUGAAAUGCCUUACAAUCCUGACAGCUUCAUGAUUCUUUGCAGCAAAUGCGAAGAUUGGUAUCAUCCCAAAUGUGUCAACCUCACAAAGACUCAGUGCAAGAAGAUGGUGUCUUUUGAAUGCCCAGUGUGCAAGCAGGGCAGAGAGAGUGUGGAGGGCCGAGAGGGUGUGCAGGGCAGAGAGACGAAGCGCCGGAAGGCAGGCUUAUCAGCGAAUGGCAGCCACACUGGAGCCUAAUGCACGUUCCAAAGAGUGUGAAGUAUAAGUGCAGAUGUGCACCGAUGAUGUGCAUUGUGCUGGGUUGACUACUCAACAGCUGCAGAUGUUCAACGAUCGGAGACGCCUGCAAAGGUCAACAGCUGGCCACUGUCACACAGAGUCUUUUCUAACAUGGCAGUUGAUUAUGAAAGCACAGCAUCGGCAGCCUCACAAGCCAGCAGUGAUCCGUGAGGGCUCUUAUUCUGCUCUCCAUUGUAUCGAUCCUCGGCUGGCAGGAGCCGGUAGAAGCACCGAGCACUGUGCUUGCAGAUGACUGGAUGUAGCUUGGAUCUAGCAAGUCUAUCAGUACGAAGGAUUUUCAGCCUAAUAUUGCGAUCUGUCUGCGCAUACAGCUUGCAGAAACCAAGAACAGCGUGUGUUAAGUACAGGUAUUGCCUGAGGGAUUGCCAUAUGGCGGUUAAAGUGCUAGCAAAAGUGCGCACAUAAGAAUAUUCCAAGUGUACUGGCCAUGGCUCCUGCCCCACAGGCUUUGGUUUGAGGGCAUGCCCACUAUGGUCGAUCUCAUGCUACUAUCAAUUAGUGCUUUUUGGCUCUGAGCAAUGCCAACAAGAGAUGCCCUGAACGCUCAGAAGCUACAGGGGCUUACAGCAUGCUUGUUGAUUUCCAUGUUAUAUAUCUGCUGGAGGUUUGAUGAAUAUCCUCAUCUUUCACAUACCUCGCUUGGACAAGACUGCAGCGCUGCGGAGUGUGGCAGCUCGGUGUCAACAUUUCAUACUUGUAGGAAAUCAACAUCAC